AUCUGUUAUACCGGCAACUUCCGUUUUGCCUUUUAGUUUUUCACUUCGUGAUGGGUAUCAGUCGGGACCAUUGGCAUAAAAGGCGAGCCACAGGAGGCAAGAGGAAGCCUCUGCGUAAGAAGAGGAAGUUCGAGUUAGGUCGCCCAGCCGCCAACACAAAACUUGGACCUCGUAGGAUUCAUUAUGUUCGUACCAGAGGUGGUAACCUUAAAUACAGGGCUUUGAGGUUGGAUACUGGCAAUUUCGCUUGGGGUAGUGAGGGUACCGCCAGGAAAACCCGUAUUAUCGAUGUAGUUUACAAUGCCAGUAACAACGAAUUGGUGCGUACCAAGACUUUGGUAAAGAAUGCUAUUGUUGUAAUUGACGCUACCCCGUUCAGGCAGUGGUAUGAGGGACACUAUAUCUUACCUUUGGGUCGUAAGAAGGGAGCUAAGCUGACUCCGGAGGAAGAGGAAAUUUUGAAUAAGAAACGUAGUAAAAAAGUUCAAAAGAAGUAUGAAACCAGGCAGAAAACUGCAAAAGUUGAGCCUGCACUUGAAGAACAGUUCCAGACCGGAAGAUUGUUAGCUUGUUUGGCGUCGAGACCUGGACAGUGCGGUAGAGCCGACGGUUAUGUAUUAGAGGGAAAAGAACUUGAGUUCUAUAUGCGUAAGAUUAAAUCUAAGAAAGCAAAGUAAAGUUUUUAUAAAGGUGUAUAAUAAAGUUUGACGCCAAUA